CGUGCAAAGGGAGUUCGCUCUCUCUCUCUAACUCUUUCUCUCUCUAAGUUUCGACAACCAAUCGGAACCCCGAAUUCCUCAUGAUGUCACGGAGCCCCCAUUUCGCGGUGUGUCGGCGAGGUGAAGAUGCCGUUGAGUCUCGAGCGUCCCUGGGACAAGAAAUCUUCUCCGCCUCAAAAUGUUAGACUUGCUCACGUUCAUCUGGGAAAAGGUUUUCCUGCUCGCACAUCUCAAGCUGUUUAGCCAUCUCGCGGCGGGGCCGGAGAGGCAGGAGCAGAAGCGGGAGACGAGGCAGUGUGACCGGGACAGGAACGGGGCACCUCGCUAUCAGCGGGGCGACCUCUUGGAGGUCCCCCGGACCUUGUUUAUUCACUUCGGUAUCUACCUGGGAGAGAACCGUGUCGCGCACCUCAUCCCGGACAUACUCCCAGUGCUCACGAGCGACAAGAGUCAGACCCAGGUAAUGGUGACCAACACAAGGCUCCUACUCGGUGUUCUGUCCAAGAACGCCAGUAUCCGCGUGGACUCAGUGGAGGACUUUGCUUACGGCGGGUGCAUCCUAAUCAACGCGAUGGAUAGCACGCUCCAGAAACGUCCGCUGGAGAACGAGGAGGUCGCGCAGAGAGCGGAAAAUCUCGUCGGUGCCAUACCGUACAGCCUGAUGUGGAACAACUGCGAGCACUUCGUCACGCACUGCCGGUACGACACGGCCGUCAGCUUGCAAACGGACGAGGUAAACUUUACAACAUGUUUUGACGCGCUGGAAUGAAAACUUUAUAAUGUUUUA